AUGGCGGGGUGCGGGUUGCGGGGUGUGGAGUGCGGGUUGCGGGGUGCAGGGUGCGGGUUGCAGGGUGCGGGGUGCCGGGUGAAGCGCCGCUCGAAGCGGGGUCAGGUGGGCACGGUGCAGGUCGGCGUGGAGACCUACGGAGGGGGCAUCUGGAACACCUGGUUUGACCGUGACCUCACCGUGGCCGGGAGGGUGAUCAUAAAGGACCCGGCCACGGGGCGCCUGGAGCAGCGCCUGGUACGUGUGGAGCGACCCGUCCUCCGCAUUCCCCACCUGGCCAUCCAUCUGCAGCGUAGCAUCAAUGAGAACUUCGGGCCCAACACCGAGCACCACCUGGUUCCCAUUCUGGCCACUGCUGUGCAGGAGGAGCUGGAAAAAGAGGUGCUCAUGGAGUCCACACCAUGCAAUGCUGCGGCCCAGGCAGAGCGGCACAGCCCUGUCCUGCUUUCCCUGCUCUGCCCCCAGCUGGGGGUGAAACCAGAGCAGAUUGUGGAGCUGGAACUAUGCCUGGCAGAUACGCAGCCAGCGACACUGGGUGGUGCCUUCAACGAGUUCAUCUUCUCCCCACGCCUGGACAACUUGCACAGCUGCUACUGCGCCUUGCAGGCCUUGAUUGACUCGUGCACGACGCCCUCCUCCCUCUCUGAGGAGCCCAACGUGCGUCUCAUUGCGCUCUACGACAACGAGGAGGUAGGGUCGGAGAGCGCACAGGGUGCGGAGUCAUUGCUGACGGAGCUGGUGCUGCGCCGGAUCUCAGCAUCGCCACAAAACCUGACAGCCUUCGAGGAGGCUGUGGCCAAGUCCUACAUGAUCAGCGCCGACAUGGCCCACGCUGUGCACCCGAACUACGUGGACAAGCAUGAGGAGAAUCACCGUCCGGCCUUCCACAAGGUGAGGGCAGCCCUCAGCUUUGGGCUGGGACGGGCGCUGUCCGUCUGCCGCGUCCCCGUGCAGGAGUUCAUGGUGCGCAACGACACGCCCUGUGGCACCACCAUCGGCCCCAUCCUGGCCUCCCGCCUGGGGCUGCGCGUGGUGGAUGUCGGCUGCCCGCAGCUGGCCAUGCACUCCAUCCGGGAGAUGUGCUGCACCUCGGGGGUGCUCCAGAGCAUCACCCUCUUCAAGGUGGGCUACCAGGAGGCUCUGCUCAACCCCUACUCCUACCACAAGGGAGAAAGCCGGCCGCCCAGACACCACUGA